AUGAGUGAAUAUUUAUUCGUCUGUCUUCCUCAUUCUUUUUCCACUAUAUUUUUUUCAUCUAUGUUUUUUCAAUCUCAUUCACUGUUUCCCUCAAUUAUUUUUUCUUCCCUCUUUCCACUGAUCUUUAAUUAUCUCGUUUUCUUUCUUUCUCAAUGUUUGUCCUUCCUUCCCUCUUUCCUUCAAUAUUUCGUGGUUUUUUUUUUUCUCUCUUCCACAAUCACAUACCUUUUUUCUCUCUUUCUUGUUUCUUUUCUUUCAUUUUCAUUCUUUCCAAAUUUAUUUUAUUCCCUUUGUUUUUAUUUAUCUUUCUUCUGUCUUACUCUGUUUUUCUUGUAUAACCAUCAGUGUCAUUUUUUUCUUCCAUGUCCCUUUUCAUUCCUUAUUUUCUCUUUUUCUUUUUACCUCAUUCUUAUGUUACUUUCUGUCUUUCUGUUGCUUUUUUUUUUAAAUAUCAGAAGAUUUAUUAUUAUUUAUCUUCCUUUUUCUCUUUCUUUUUUUCCUUUUAACUUUUUUUCUUUUUUUGGUUUUUCAUUCUAUAUCGCCUGUUUCGUUUAUUCGUCCACUCUUUUCUCUCUCUUCUUUUUCUUCCUCAUCCGUUUAAUUUUUAAAUUUCGUUUUCUUUUUUUUUUUUUCAUUCAUGCUUUCCUUUGUUCUAUUAUUCUCUUUUUCUCUCUUAUUCAUCAUUUUUUUGCUGUUAUUUAUUUUUUUUCAUUCCCUUUCCGGACUUUAUCGUUCUUUUUUUCUUUCAUUUCUUCUUUUUCCUUUCAUUAUCUUUUUCCGAUUUUUCUCGCUGAGAUAGUCUAUCUAUCUAUCUAUCUAUCUAUCUAUCUAUCUAUCUAUCUCGGUAUGUUCAUAUAUCUCUUAGCAUAUUCAUACCAUUCCCCAAAACAGGAUCUUCAUAUAUCUCUUUAUAUAAGCUCCUUCAUAUCUAUCUUUCUAUUCUUUCUUCUUUUCUUGCAUUCCCUUUUUCAUUCUUUUCUCACUGUUUUCUCAUUCUUAAUCCUUUCUUUCUUGCCGAAUAUAAAAUGGCGUCUUUCAUUUUUUUUAAUCAUUCUCUUUCCAUAUUUUCCCUUUAUAUCAUUUCUCUUUUCUUUUCUUAUUUCAUUUCUCUUUUCUUUUCUUAUUUCAUUUCUCUUUUCUUUUCUUAUUUCAUUUCUCUUUCCUUUACUUAUUUCAUUUCUCUUUUCUUUUCUUAUUUCAUUUCUCUUUUCUUUUCUUAUUUUCUUUUCUUUCUUUUUCUUUUCUUAUUUCAUUUCUCUUUUCUUUUCUUAUUUCAUUUCUCUUUUCUUUUCUUAUUUCUUUUCAUUUCUCUUUUCUUUUCUUAUUUCAUUUCUCUUUCCUUUUCUUAUUUCAUUUCUCUUUUCUUUUCUUAUUUCAUUUCUCUUUUCUUUUCUUAUUUCUUUUCAUUUCUCUUUUCUUUUCUUAUUUCAUUUCUCUUUCCUUUACUUAUUUCAUUUCUCUUUUCUUUUCUUAUUUCAUUUCUCUUUUCUUUUCUUAUUUCUUUUCUCUUUUCUUUUCUUAUUUCUUUUCAUUUCUCUUUUCUUAUCUUAUUUCAUUUCUCUUUUCUUUUCUUAUUUCAUUUCUCUUUUCUUUUCUUAUUUCAUUUCUCUUUUCUUUUUUCUUUUCAUUUCUCUUUUCUUAUCUUAUUUCAUUUCUCUUUUCUUUUCUUAUUUCAUUUCUCUUUUCUUUUUUCUUAUUUCAUUUCUCUUUUCUUUUCUUAUUUCAUUUCUCUUUUUCUUUUCUUUUUUUUUUUCAUUUCUUUUUUCUUUUUUUUCAUUUCUCUUUUCUUUUCUUAUUUUUUUUCUUUCUUUUUUCUUUUCUUUCUUUCUUUUCUCUUUCCUUUCUUUUUUCUUUUUUCUUUUUUUUCUUAUUUCAUUUCUCUUUUCUUUUCUUAUUUCUUUUCUCUUUUCUUUUCUUUCUUUUUCAUUUCUCUUUUCUUUUCUUUUUCAUUUCUCUUUUCUUUUCUUUUUCUUUUCUCUUUUCUUUUCUUAUUUCUUUUUUUCUUUUUCUUUUUUCUUAUUUCAUUUCUCUUUUCUUUUCUUUCUUUCAUUUUCUCUUUUCUUUUCUUAUUUCUUUUCAUUUCUCUUUUCUUUUCUUAUUUCUUUUCAUUUCUAUUUUUUCUUUCUUAUUUCUCUUUCCUUUUCUUUAUUUCAUUUUCUUUUUUUUCUUAUUUCAUUUCUCUUUUCUUUUCUUAUUUCUUUUCAUUUCUCUUUUCUUUUCUUAUUUCAUUUCUCUUUCCUUUUCUUAUUUCAUUUCUCUUUUCUUUUCUUAUUUCUUUUCAUUUCUCUUUUCUUUUCUUAUUUCUUUUCAUUUCUCUUUUCUUUUCUUAUUUCAUUUCUCUUUUCUUUUCUUAUUUCAUUUCUCUUUUCUUUUCUUAUUUCUUUUCAUUUCUCUUUUCUUUUCUUUUUCUUUUCAUUUCUUUUUCUUUUCUUAUUUCUUUCUCUUUCUUUUCUUAUUUCUUUUCAUUUCUUUUUCUUUUCUUAUUUCAUUUCUCUUUUUUUCUUUUCUUUUUUCUUUUUUUCUUUUCUUAUUUCUUUUCAUUUCUCUUUUCUUUUCUUAUUUCUUUUCAUUUCUCUUUUCUUUCUUUUUCUUUCUUUUUCUUUUCUUAUUUCAUUUCUUUUUCUUUUCUUUCUUAUUUCAUUUCUCUUUUCUUUUCUUAUUUCAUUUCUUUUUUCUUUCUUAUUUCAUUUCUCUUUCCUUUUCUUUUCUUUCAUUUCUUUCUUUUCUUUUCUUAUUUCAUUUCUCUUUUCUUUUCUUAUUUCUUUUCAUUUUUCUUUUCUUUUUUAUUUCAUUUCUCUUUCCUUUUUAUUUCAUUUCUCUUUUCUUUUCUUAUUUCAUUUCUCUUUCUUUUCUUAUUUUUCUCUUUUCUUUUCUUAUUUCUUUUUUUUCUCUUUUCUUUUCUUUCUUUUUUCUUUUCUUUGCUUAUUUCAUUUCUCUUUUCUUUUCUUUCUUUCAUUUCUCUUUUCUUUUCUUUUUCUUUUCAUUCUUUUUUCUUUUCUUAUUUCAUUUCUCUUUUCUUUUCUUUUUCAUUUCUCUUUUCUUUUCUUAUUUUUUUCUCUUUUCUUUUCUUUCAUUUCUCUUUUCUUUUCUUAUUUCAUUUCUUUUCUUUUCUUAUUUCUUUCUUUUUUCUUUUCUUAUUUCUUUUCAUUUCUCUUUUCUUUUCUUAUUUCAUUCAUUUCUAUUUUCUUUCUUUUUUUUUCUCUUUUUUGCUUAUUUCUUUCUCUUUUCUUUUUCUUUUUUUUCUUUUUCUUUUUUUCUUUCUCUUUUCUUUUUUGUUUCUUUUCUUUUCUUAUUUCAUUUCUUUUUUUUCUUAUUUCUUUUCAUUUCUCUUUUCUUUUCUUUUUCUUUUCAUUUCUCUUUUCUUUUCUUAUUUCAUUUUCUUUUCUUUUCUUUUUCAUUUCUCUUUUCUUUUUCUUAUUUCUUUUUUCUUUCUCUUUUCUUUUCUUUUCAUUUCAUCUUUUCUUUUCUUAUUUCAUUUCUCUUUUCUUUCUUAUUUCUUUUCAUUUCUCUUUUCUUUUCUUAAUUUCAUUUUUCUUUUCCUUUUCUUAUUUCAUUUUCUUUUUUAUUUUCUUUUUCUUUUCAUUUCUCCUUCUUUUCUUAUUUCUUUUUUCUUUUUUUUUUCUUUCUUCAUUUCUCUUUUCUUUUUUUAUUUUCUUUCAUUUCUUUCUUUUCUUUUCAUUCUCUUUUCUUUUAAAAGCAUUUCUCUUUUCUUUUCUUAUUUCAUUUCUUUUUUUUCUCUUUCAUUUUUUUUUUCUUAUUUCAUUUUUGUCUUUCUUUUCUUAUUUCUUUCAUUUCUCUUUUCUUUUCUUAUUUCAUUUUCUUUCCUUUACUUAUUUCAUUUCUCUUUUUUCUUUUUUCAAAUUGAGCUUUUUCUUUUCUUAUUUCAUUUCUUUUUCUUUUCUUAUUUCUUUUCUUUCUCUUUUCUUUUACUCUUUCUUUUCAUUUCUUUUUCUUUUUCAUUUCUUCUUUCUUUUCUUUCUUAUUUCAUUUCUAUUUCAUUUUCUUAUUUCUUUUCAUUUCUCUUUUCUUUUCUUAUUUCUUUUCUUUUCUUUUCUUAUUUCAUUUCUCUUUUUCUUUUCAUUUCUUUUCUUUUUUUUCUUUUCUUAUUUCUUUUCAUUUCUUUUUCUUUUUUUAUUUCAUUUUCUUUUUUUCUUAUUUCAUUUCUCUUUUUCUUUUUUCUCUUUUCUUUUCUUAUUUCUUUUCAUUUCUCUUUUCUUUUCUUAUUUCAUUUCUCUUCUUUUUCUUAUUUCUUUUCAUUUCUUUUUCUUUUCUUAUUUCAUUUCUCUUUUUUUUUUUUCAUUUCUUUUUUCAUUUCUCUUUUCUUUUCUUAUUUCAUUUUCUUUUUUUUCUUUUUCAUUUCUCUUUUCUUUUCUUAUUUCUUUUUUUUCAUUUCUCUUUUUUUCUUUUUCUUCUUAUUUCAUUUCUCUUUUCCUUUACUUAUUUCAUUUCUCUUUUCUUUUCUUAUUUCAUUUCUCUUUUUCUUUUUAUUAUUUCUUUUCAUUUCUUUUUCUUUUCUUAUUUCAUUUCUCUUUCCUUUACUUAUUUCUUUCUCUUUUCUUUUCUAUUUCUUUUCUUCUUUUUCUUUUCUUAUUUUCAUUCUUUUUCUUUUCUUUCUUUCUUUUUCAUUUCUCUUUUCUUUUCUUAUUUCAUUUCUCUUUUCUUAUCUUAUUUCAUUUCUCUUUUCUCUCGUAUUUGACCGGCCUACUCAGUGCUCCAUCCAGCCGGUGCCCAGCAGGAGCGCCACAGAUAGGGCCAGUUCUUUUCCUCCGAUGGCCACUAACGUCUUGUUCCAGCAAAUUUCGUCUCGCUCCAUCGCACGCCGUCCGCAUGAUGCCACAUAACGCUUAUUCUCAUUCAUACAAUAGCACCAAACACACUGAUUCUUUCUUUCUUUCUUUUCGCACUUUUUCUGCAAUGGCGGGAAAGGCUUUUGAGGUCGGAAUGAUCCUUUCUUUUGAAAAGAAAGGAAGAAUCCUCCUUACUGUCUCUUUGUUUCGUGACAUAUCAUAUAUAUAUAUUAUAUUUUCUUUCUUGUGUGUGUCUAUUUCAUUCAUGUUGUUUUAUUUCUCCCUUUCUUUUUCUCUCUCUCUCUCUCUUUUUUCUCUCUCUCUUUAUUUUCUUUCUCUCUGUAUCUCUCUUUCUCUCUCACACUUUCUUUCUCUCUGUCUCUUUCUCUCUCCCUCUUUCUGUUUUCUCUCUCACACUCUCUUUCUCUCUCUUUUUCUCUCUUUUCCUCUCUCUUUCUGUUUUCUCUCUUUCUUUCUCUCUCACACGCUCUUUCUCUCUCGCUCUUUUUUCUCUCUCUUUUUUCUCUCACUUUCUGUUUUUCUCUUUCUUUCUCUCUCACACUCUCUUUCUCUCUCUUUUUUUCUCUCUCUCUUUCUGUUUCUCUCUCUCUCUCUCUUUCUCCCUCACACUCUAUUUCUCUCUCUCACACACACUUGCACUCUUUCUUCUCUCCUUCUUUAUUUUUCUUUCUUCAUUUGCUGUCUUUUCUUUCUUUUUCAUUUUAUCUUCAUUGUGUCUUUAAUUUAUUCAUUUAUUUCAUUUUCCUUCUUUUCGUUCGUUUUUCAUGUUCUUCUCCAUUUUUCUAUGUUUUUUUUUCAAUUUUUAUUUACUUUAUCCAUUUUUCUUCCUAUUCCUUCAUAUUCCUCUUUCUUUUUAAUUUUCUUUCAUUUCAUUCGUUUUUUUUUGUUUUCUCUUAUUUUGCCGCUUCUUUUUUUUUUUUUUUUCCUUUCGCUUUCGCAUUUUCCUUUAAUUUUUCAUUUUUCUCUAUUUGUCUGUUUUUCUACAUUUUCAUUCUUCCGUUUUCUUAAUUUUUCUUCACUUAAUACGUUUUUAUUCAUUCUCUUCCAUUCUGUCCGCUUUUUUCACUUUAUCUGUUUUUCGUCAUUUUCAUCAUUCUGUUUUCUUCAUUUAUUCUUCGUUCAUUUUCAUUCUGAGCGGGGUUAUUUUCUCCAUUUUCAUUUUUUUCAUUUCCUUACGAUUUGCCAACUUAUCUUUUUCAUUUCAUUUUCCUUCAUUUUGUCCGUUUUUCUUUCUUUUCUUUAA